GGGCGGGCUGGCUGCCGGGCGGCCGCGCGCUGGGGCCAUGCCGAGGUCCUUCCUGGUGGACUCGCUGGUGCUGCGCGAGGCGGGCGAGAAGAAGGCGCCCGAGGGCAGCCCGCCGCCGCUCUUCCCCUAUGCGGUGCCCCCACCACACGCGCUACACGGUCUCUCUCCCGGCGCCUGCCACGCGCGCAAGGCCGGGCUGCUGUGCGUGUGCCCGCUCUGCGUCACCGCCUCGCAGCUGCACGGGCCCCCAGGGCCGCCAGCUCUGCCUCUGCUCAAGGCGUCCUUCCCGCCCUUCGGCUCUCAGUACUGCCACGCGCCCCUGGGCCGCCAACACUCUGCGGUGUCUCCCGGGGUAGCUCACGGCCCGGCUGCCGCCGCCGCGCUCUAUCAGACCUCUUACCCGCUGCCUGACCCCAGACAGUUCCACUGCAUCUCCGUGGACAGCAGCGCGAACCAACUGCCCAGCAGCAAGAGGAUGCGCACAGCGUUCACCAGCACCCAGCUGCUAGAGCUGGAGCGGGAGUUCGCCUCCAAUAUGUACUUGUCCCGCCUACGCCGCAUCGAGAUCGCUACCUACCUGAAUCUAUCCGAGAAGCAGGUGAAGAUCUGGUUUCAGAACCGUCGGGUGAAGCACAAGAAGGAGGGCAAGGGUGGCAACCACCGCAGUAGCGGGGGUGCGGGUGCAGGCGCGGGCGCGCCGCACGGCUGCAAGUGCGCAUCGCUCUCCUCAGCCAAAUGCUCCGAAGAUGACGACGAAUUGCCCAUGUCUCCGUCCUCCUCGGGAAAGGACGACCGAGAUCUCACGGUCACUCCCUAGG